CGAAAAACCUCUACCUGCUCACUUGUUCAUUUCCUCGUCAGCAAUGAAAUCACUGGCUUUACUACUUACUUUUUGCGCAUUCUUGGGUCUCGCUGCCUCUGCCUCGUUUGGUCAACAAACAGCUUUCAGCGAGCUUGAAGAACCGAACAUCCCAGAUAACCUCAAACUGUGCGGAGAUAAUAAUGACCUUCUAGUUGUUCAGAAUAUUGCCAUUGAGCCAAACCCGCCGAAAAAGGGAGAAGAAAUGCACGUUGAUUUCAAGGGCUUCCUGAAAGAAGAGGUUGGCAGCGGCGCCAAAAUUGACGUAGUUGUCAAAUAUGGAGCGGUUCGCUUGCUCCACCGAAUUUUUGAUCUGUGUGAACAAGCGCCGCAAGUUGAUAAAGAAUGCCCAAUCGAGCAAGGUGAAUUCACUGCCAAUAAGACAGUUGCCCUCCCUAAGGAUAUUCCUCCGGUAAGCACCUCGUAGUUUAAUUAACAUUAGAGCGACAUUUUAUUAACUAAGCU